UAUCCGACCAAACCAUGGAAGAUUACAACAAAAAUGAAAGUUCCUGAACUCAAACAAGUGUUGAAAGAAAGAGGAUUGUCCAUAACUGGUACAAAAGCAGAGCUUCUCAAACGUCUUGAAGAAGCGUUGGGUGCAGUAGUUGAAGGAUCAGAAGGUGGACUUGAUGAUAGUAUUCAUAGCAUUGAUAACAUAUUAAAUGAUGACAGCAUCACACUGGCAACAAAACCUGAGGAUAAGCCUGAUCCCCAACCAGCAGUCACUCCACAGAAAGUAGAAGUAACUGCAUCAAAUAGUGUUAAGAACUUGGCAGAUACAACAAAACAAAAUACACCAGAUACUACACAGACAGCUAAACCAGCAGAAAUGGCUAAACUUUCAGAAGAAGAGAGACUGAAACUCAGAGCGAAAAAGUUUGGUGCAGAAUCUUUAGAGGCAAAAAAAGAGUUGAGGGCUCAAAGGUUUGGUUUACCUGCAAGUGCCAACAAAUCUCCUACAGCAGCUCUAGCCAGCCCAACUGGAGAGGACAUUGGUUUUAAAAAAAGAGCAGAUAGGUUUGGUGCAGUGGUGUCCUCAUCAUUAACCAAGGCUGAUGAAGAAGAAAGAAAAAGAAAAAGAGCUGAAAGAUUUGGAACUCCAACUGCUGCUUCUGCUACACCUUCUACUACUUCUAGUCUGAAAGUUAGUACCGUCACUUCAACAGAUUCAGACAUAGAGGCCAAGAAGAAAAAGAGGGCAGAACGAUUUGGACUAGCUACAUAAUGUUAAUGGGCAGCUUACAAAUCUAUGUGCGUUCAUCAUAUUGACCUUUUCUUCAUUAAUUUAAAUAUUCACUUAGGAUCUUCAAUUAUUUUAAACUGUUGUAAAUUUUUUUAGUUUCCACUGCCAUGUAUGGUUCUUCAUCUUUAAAAUUAAUGACUGUUUUAAGAUUUGAAAAAUGUUAAGGUAAAAUUUUUAAUGUCACAAGAACAAAUAAACAUACUUGUAUGGA